CACGAAUACCUGCGUCGUCGCUUUAAACAGGCUGCGGCGAAGGACGUCCCGUACGAAAUCGAUAUCGCGGCCGUUCGAUAAAUGUGAACAUAUAACGUUACGAGUCGAAUUCAAUUUCGCAAAUCGGAAUUAUGAAUCAUGCCGGGGAUUCAAUACGAACGUGUUGCGAACAGCGUACGAUCGUAUGCCGUUCCGUGCACGCUGUUCUCGCGCGCGGCGUCACGGCGGACGCCGGUUUAGUUUUUUCGUUUUUUCUCGUGCACGUUUUGCGAUCGUGAAGCCCGGCGACGUUUUCGCAUUUAAUCGUCCGGUUGUACAACGUGACGAGUUCCCCACUCGAACGCGCAACGAACGCACGGGCGCAACGGUUAACCGCGACGAAACCGCCCGCCGCCGACGGCCAUGACGAUGAAGAACAUCAGCUGAAUGCGAGUCCGCGUGUCGGCCACGCCGUGUUGUACGUGGGCGCGCGUCUUUGAACCGCGCGGACCCGGCCCGUUUCCACGAGCGUCGGAACUUUUGCGUUGUCCGCCAGGUAAUUCACAUUGUUAUUUAAUAACCGCGUUCGCGAGACGUUAAAUGUUCGCGGACGCCGCCGUUCCCGGACGGACCGCCGUCGCGUUUGCCCCGUCCAGACAUGUCUCGCGCCGCGGCGUUUCGGCACGACCCGCGGCCAACGCCAUUGUCCCGGUACGUGCCGCGUGUUCCAGCUGUUUUUCCAGUGCGUCCGCGGGGAGAACCGAACCGAAAUAAAACCGCCGGACACAAUCGUUACCGUACAAUCGAAAUACAACAGCUGUUGAAUACGCGUGCGUACCGCCUGCGAUCCGGUUGUCGUCGUCUCUCUCUUGCCCGCGGCAUCCGCACGGAAAUGUUCGUUCCGAUUGUUCGUUUUUCGCCGGGACGCGCGCAAACGAAAUAUUUAAAAAAUUUACAAAAUUCCGGUAUGAAAAUUGCCCUUAACGGCGUUACGUUUUUUUAAAUUUGACUCGGUUCUGCGAGGUUUUGUCGGAUUACCGCGCUGGAAUUUAGAACGCGAAAUAGGAAAAUAUUCGACACUGUACAGCGGCAUUUUAUUUGUCUAGUAGAAAUAUUUCAAACUUUUCACGCGGUAUCUUAAAAAUAUAGAAUUCUUUUCUCAGUGGACAAUUUUUCCUUGGUUCCCAAUAAAAAUUUUUCUUAACAAAUUUUUAAAAAAAUCAAGCAACAAAUGACGAUUUCCCGGUUUUACUUUUAUUGAUUUCCGAGUUAUCUUGGCUACAAAAACGGGGGGAAUCGUAACUUAUACUAUAUAACGUUCUAAAUAGUUUACGAAGUUUUAGAGAUUCUGAGUGGAACGAUUUUUUUUAUGUAAAUACGUUUUCUAACAGAAAGCAUACUCUGGUUAUCAAGUAUAUCAUCUUUUCUGAAAGGAGAUUUUCUCUGGGCGGUACUUUAAAGAGAUCAUUUUUUUGAAAUUCUCUUUAAUAUUCGAGAUAAUGAUGAAAGCCUGGUUCCUUGGGUUUAAACAAGAUUGAAAGAUUAAAAAUAAGGUUGCCAUUGGCAACCGUUGUUUUUUAUUUAUUUUUCGUCGUUAUUGCAUUUUUAUUAUUUUAAUCUAUUUCAAACAAGCAUUGUCGUCAUGGAAACGCACAUUGUCGUAAUCGUUUUACCAUAAUAUGACAUAUUAUAUAUCGUUGACAAAGCAACACUAUCAACUAAACUCUGCUCGGAAUCGUUUUUUCGCUAACAAUGGCGUAUCUUUACUAACAGAUAUACAUUAAAUUCCCGUCUGUAUCCUAGCUUCCCAAUGGCAAAACGUAUGCAUUUCAGAGACAAAAUUAUCGGGGAUUGUUUAACGAUGUACUAACAUUAAUAUACCAACGUACAUGGAUUAAUAUGACGCAAAUCAAAAAAUACCAAUAAUAUUUUCCUUUAGGAAUAUGAGAAUUGCUAUUAUCGGUGCCGGUGUCUCCGGUUUGGCCUCGGCCAGGAGGUGUUUGGAAAAUGGUUUCGAACCCGUUGUUUACGAAAGGUCGAAGAUAGUGGGCGGAACUUGGAUAUACGACGAACGAAUCGGCCUCGACGAAUUCGGUUUGCCAAUUCAUACCAGCAUAUAUCAAAAUUUAAAGUGCGUACCUAUUUUUGUUUUGUUUUUUUUCUCUCUCUGUUUAUAGGCAUUACCUAUAUGGAAUACAAUAUCAUUUUAAUGUACCUUCGCACAUUUUAGGACGAAUUUGCCAAAAGAACUGAUGGAUUAUCCAAACUUUCCGUACAAAGAUUUAGACGAUGUGUCGUUUUUAAGACCGCGGCAAGUCCUGGAAUAUAUCGAACAGUUUACUGAACAUUUUGGACUCAAAAAACAUAUAAGAGUAAGGAAUUGAUUUUUUUUUUUUUUUUUUUACACGUGUACACGGGAUACAACUCGCAUCUAGUAAUUUUUUUUUUUAUUUCGGUAUUAUGUUUUUCACAAUUACUUAUCCAAUGUAAUAGUAGGUAACAAUAAUCGUACAAUUUGCCUCGUUCACUGCACGCGGUACUUUACGGGGGAAGCAUAGUAUGCAGCUGUGUUACCCUUGUAGAUUCUUAUUCUCCCGACGUAUGUCUGCGCGUCUUACACAGGUAACCAUAUAGGGUACAUAGGUAUACGAUUCUAUAAAUAUUGAAAAUCAGUGUUCGUGACCAUUUUUAAAUUUGUAUGAGAAUUUUAAAUUCAGAUUUUGUCAAAAAUCUUUAAAAAAAAAUAUCCACCAGUUAUUAUAUUUAUAAGAUAAACAUAAGAUUUGAUUUAGUCGCGACUUUUUUUUUAUGGGCGUUUAAAGUUCAAAGUAUUUAACACAAUACUCGUUUACCACGAUAUAUCUUAUUUUUUUAUACGUUAUUUGACCACUCCGUUUGUGUAUACUUAAUUUUAUACUAAAAUACUAAAAUUACCGAAUUUAGCAUAUUUUCUUCAUAUUUGGGUGUUUUUUGAAGUUUUUUUUGGCAAAAAUUAAAAUUCGAUUUCUUCAGCCAUUAUUGCGUGUCUCACAAAAUGUCCAAUAUUUACCAGUGCUGGAUUUGAAGGGGGCGAUAAGACGAUAGUAUACCACACCCUUGAAGCAAACAAAAAUAUUUACUUGCUUCCCUGCCCCGAUGGUCUUUUAUACCGUGUUUGUAAAUUACACAACACACGGGUAAUAUAUCCCCGGAAAUUUUAAAAUUUGUAUAAAUAAUGAAUACUUUCGUAGUGGUAUUCUAUACGAGUAGAUAGUUUUCAGUGUCAAUAAUAUAUACUACGGAGGAAUACUGUCGAAUAGUUUAUUAGCACUGAUGAUUUAGCAUUAGGUAUAAUAAAGUUUAGAAAAACAGAAAAUUGUGUGUGAAUAGUGUGAUAAAAAUCAAACAAUUGUUUCUGAAGUAUGUAUUUGCCUCUAUAGUGACUAUCUAUAGCCAAGCUACAGUGUUAGACUACCGGUUUUCAUUUAUUGAUCAGGUAUAUAAUAUUUUGUCUGUUAUAGUUUUGUAACUUUGUGACUUCGGUUGAAAAGUCAGAGAACGCCUGGCAAGUGAUCGCGGAAGAUUUGCUUACGAAAAUGUCACACACCGAGUACUACGACGCAGUGAUGGUGUGUAACGGACAUUUAACUUUGCCUUCCGUUCCACAGAUCCAAGGGCUGGACAAAUUUACUGGCGUUCAUAUACACAGCCACGAUUACAGAGCACCCAUAAAAUUCAAAAACAUGAACGUUCUUGUAAUCGGCGCUGGUCCUUCUGGUGUCGAUAUUUCUAUGGAUGUGGGCAAAUUCGCAAAUCAAGUAACUACCUACAGGUCAUAGACGUGUAAAUAAUUUCAUAUACUUCAUCAUUCCUAUUAGGGACAUUUAGCGUGUUAACAAAAUAUACUAGAACAACUUUAUUCUGAGUUUGUAAAAAGCUUGAUAAGCCAUUUAAAGUCGUUUCCGACCUCUGAAGGUCUUGCCGUAUUACUUCCGUCCGUUUAUUUGGCCUCUCGCGCUGGGUCUUCUUCCUUCAGGUUCAUUCUCUAUAGUUGAUGACAUAAGUUAGAGUACCUAGAGUAUAUAUGAACAGAAUUUUAAGCAUAAUUCCUAAAACACGAUAUCACAAUGUCAUGUCCGAAAGACUCUCUAAACUAGAAAUAUAUAGUUGCAGCUAUCUGUGCUGUGAAACGUAUGUGUAUACCUGCUGUAAUUCGUUGACAAAUCUCAGUAAAACCAUGCGAUUACGAGUACUUACAUUAAAAAUAUCAUUUCUAGAACGGUAUAGGCCAUAGAUAUCAUGGUAUUAUGUUUGAUAAGUAACAUUAUAAUUUGUGGCGUGUUGAACUACACACUUUUGAGAGAUAGACAUUAUAGUGGACCAUCCACCUAACUUAAAUCGUACUAUUUAAUUUUUUUUUUUUUUAAAAGACCAUAGUCACAAAUAAGUUCGAGUUUGAGGCUUAUCCACCUUCUGAAUCAAUUUUUGAAAUGGAUUUUAAACGUUCUCGUCCCACAACUAAAAAUAAUCUCGUAUAGGCACAUUAUUGUUUUGGUUUUGGCCUCCUCAAAUCGCGUGUGUGCUUCAAACAGUGAACGCUAAACAGUCAUAGUGAUAAACAUAGGUACAAUAUUUUUUAUUAUUACUUAUUAUACUUUAUCAGUAAUCAAUAAUGUUUUAAUGUAUUAUAAUUUCUAUAGUUACAAUAAUUGUGUUGUGUCAAUUACAAAUUGCGUGUCUGAACUCUCAAAUUAGCAUUAGCCACGCCGGCCACUGCUAUUAUACAGUGGACUAUUAUAAUAAUAUAAUUAUUCCCAGGGUCGUAUGGCUGUAUAGAUGUAUUUUGACGGGUAUUUAGGCCCACUGACUUUACUAAUAAAUAACAUUCAAACAAAGCCAAGAUUUAUUUCGCGUCGGUUUUAAAAAAAUAAAAAUAAUUGUUUUUUUUUUUUUUUCAAAAGUUAUUUUUAAUAUUAGAAGAUCGGUAGGCCCGGGCCCCGUUACAAGGCUUACCUGCAGCAGAUACAAACAAAUUUUUUAGCUGAAAAAAUAAUAUAAAUGUGAACUAAUACUAUACAUAAUAAUUGUUACAUAUUCAAUUAGGUAUAGGAGGUAAAUCCUAUAACGUUCAUUUAAUGGCAUUAUCAUUAAAUUAUAAGUCCCUAUAUGUUAGGUAUUUACGGUUUUCGUAUUAUUUUUUUUUUUAUAACCGUUAAUAUCUCUAUUAUUUUAAUUUAUAGAUACCUGCUUGUUAUAGUUUUUUUUUUUUUUUUUUUUUUUUUAUCGGUUUGUUGACGUCUCGUAGCGUCUCGUUUUCGCGCAUAGUUUAGAAUAUCUGUCUGAUUUGUAGAAUAAAUUAUAGCCGUACAAAUUUUAAUAGGUACAUAAAUAUAAUACAUAUAUAUAUAUAUAUUUAAAUUCUAAGUAGAGGGAGGGAUGUAAUGGUUUUACUAAGAUAUGUAUUUAUUAUUUUUUCUGUCUGUAAACAACUUUUCUCCCAGAAAUCUUGCUCCAAUUAAAGCGUGACACGAGGCUUUUUUUCUGGUAUUUUGGCUCUAGUUGGUACUUAAAUAGAUCAUUUUUUUAAAAUUCUCAUUAAUAUUCGUGAUAACGAGAAAAACUUGUUCUUUAGGUUAAAAAAGAUUUAAAGGUUAAAAAUAAGGUUGUCAUUGGCAACCGUUUUAUUAAUUUUUUUUAUGUUAUUAUUAAGCUUUAAAUCUUUUUUAAACAACCGUUGUUGUCGUGAAAACACACAUAGUAUGAAUCAUUAUUAGUUUUAAAGAAUUGCUUAACCGAGUUACGCUCAGAAUCGUUUUUCGUUACCAAUUAGUUGGUUAUCUUUGCUUAUUGUACAGGUGUAAAUUAAAUAACUUUAUGUAUUUCUCCUUCUAAACUACCCAUCUAUGAAGGUGGUCACACCCGUCCCCAGUAUCAGCUCUUUUUUAACAUUAUAAUAUAAUACGUAGAUAUACUCUGUAAAAAAACAAGUAUAAGUACAUAAGGUUUUUUUUUAUAGAAAUACUAACGAAGGACAUAAGUAUAAUUGAAUGAGAGAAUGGGAGAACGAGUUGAGUAUUCAGAACCUACCUUAUUGGCAAAGUGGCGGUUUUCCAGAUAGGAUUUGACAAAUAAAAAGUAGGGCGGAGGUUUUUUUUUUUAAAAAUUUAAAAAGGAUUCCGGUGUGCCAGACUUUGACAAAGACUUGAACUAUGUCAAGCAGAACCGCUGAACAAUAGUGUUUAUUUUCAAAAGAAAAAAAUCAAUGGAGCAAUGGAGUCAGUUGGCGGCGAACUACGAAAGGGGGAGGGGAAGCUUAUAGAGCGAUAGGAAGAAGGAAUGUCAGGAUGUUUACCUAGCUUCGGGGAUAAGAUUAUCACUGAUACUUGGAUGGAAGUUUAGAUCGUUGCUCGAGAACGGCGUUUAUGCGUUAUUAGCUCGGAUGGUACGUUUAACUAUAGUGAUAAAUAAUACACUUACUGACAUUUCAACUUUCUUUUACCGUGUAGGAACAUAUCUCAUUUUUAUAUUCGUGUAGAAACUAAUAUAUACGCACCUUUUUUUUUUUUUUACCCUGUAGGAACUUAUAUAAUAUGUACCUUUUUCUAUCGUUUAGGAACUAACAUAUGUAUUUAUUUUUUUACCUGCUAGGUCUCGUGUAGGAAUUUACAUUCACCCAAGUACUUAUAUCUUCUUAAAUCCUAAAUGAUCGUUACGUUUCACAUGCAAUCAGGUGGGAACAACGAACAUAGUGUUAUACAAUUAUUUUUGACAACAGCCUAAUGUACCUGUGUCCUUCAGUGGCAGUUAAACGGUUUUGUCAUGAUGGGGGAUAAGGAUAAUUUGUAAGAACUAUUGUUAUUUACAUUUUUUUUUUUUUCAUAUAAAUAUAAAGGUAUAAAUAUACCUAGGAGGAUGGGGGGAUUUAUUUUUUUUAUUAAUGAGACAUUCCUCUCAUCCCCCUUUGACCGGUUCUGCCCUGCCCUCCCCUCCAAACGCGCUUGUGAUAAUAAUAAUAUGUCUAAAAUAGAGUUUAAAAUAUGUACCUAUAUGAAGGUUGGUAAUAAAUACGUAGACGGUUAAUUUUCGUUAUUAUGAAUACAUUUUUACAGGUUUACCUUAGUCAUCAUAGGCCAAAAUUGCUCGAGAUAAAGUUCUUAAAUAAUAUUGUGCAUAAACCAGAUGUGGAGUAUUUUUCCGGAAAAUCGGUUUUUUUCAAAGACCAAACUGUGCAAACCGUGGACGCAAUAAUUCACUGUACAGGUUAAAAUACAAUGAUAUUUAAAACGAAAUAUUUUCAAUUUUUUGUCUGAAUCAGCAUUACUGGUUUACCAUUAAUUAUGUACAGGGCGAUUCUUUUAUCAUCUUGCAUUGCCUUCAUUCGGGUAGGAAACGAACGUGUUGAAAACCUUUUACUAAAUUAUUCUAAUACUCUAAUGCAAUGAUAAAAUAAGUAGGUAAUACAAUAGGUGAUUAUAUAUAAAUGGAGGAUUUAGCUUAAACGCUUGAGGACAAUUAAUGUGAAUAGAGCUUAAAAAAAAAACAAAAAAAAAAAAACAAAAAAAAAAGAUAAGAAUAAUCAUUAUGAAUUAUUAAUUUAUUAUUUUCGUUUAUCAGACAUGUAUUUAUUACCAUUCGGAUAUGUUAAAUUUUAUUUACUUAUAAACCGCCACAGAAAAUUAGUUUUGUUUAAACGCCUAACACGUUUUCCUGACUAAAUUCUAAACAGUUGUGGACGAUAAACCGUGAACGUGUAAACCAACAACGCCUAUAACCACUCGUAAACCGGUAAAUCCAUUAUUAGCGGUGUGCAUGUGUCAACGUAUUUCAGAACAAUUUUUUUUUUCGAAUUGAAACACGUGUCGAAUGGUCGGUUGGUUUUGCUGUUCGAAAAUCAAAAGUCAACGCUCAUUUGUACGGCACAACGAUCAGAAGUACCUGAAUAUAGUUGAUAAUGUCUAGCACCUACCAGCUAGGUAUAAACAAUGUCGUAAUAAUCGAAUAAAAACAUCUGUUUACCCAGUUACAAUCCUCCGAGAAAAUCGAUGGACCGCGAUAGAAAGAAUCACCCUGACGUACUACCCCACCUACUACUAACCCGUUUACUUGAACGAAUAAACAAUUCGGACUUCCAUUUGGAAUUGUUUUUUCGUAGGAUUUAACAUUGGAUUGCCGUUUUUGAAACCCAGUUGCGGAAUAAAUGUGGUCGACGGGAAACUAAUCACGCCGCUGCAUAAGAGUAUAAUCAACAUAAAUAAUCCUAGCAUGGGUUUUAUCGGAUUCCUUUAUAACACUUUAGUGAACCGGGUAUUCGAUCUACAGGUGGGUGUACCGACUGUUGAACAGAGAAGUGUUUAAUUCCUAUAACAACAUAAAAUACUACUCGUUUUAUUUUUCAGGUUCGAUACUAUUUAGAAUAUCUUCGUAAAAAUCAUUUCGCCGGAGAAGCUGCAGAUUGGAUGAGUGCUACGAGCACACACACGGCAGGCAACAAUUUAUCCAACUAUUGCAAAUCGUUGGCGUCGGAAGAAAUCAAAAUCGAACCAAUCCCACGGAUCAUUUUCGAAAUGUAUAAAGGGUGCCAGGAACUCAGACACAAAUAUUUCCAGACCUAUCAUACAGCGGUAUUUAGGACCGUAGACAGUGAUAGCUAUCUAAUUGAAAUUGAUGGACAAAAUUGUAAAUUUUAAAUAAAGUACCUACCCUGGUAA